AUGGGGAAUCACCUCGUCUCCUGCUGUGGCUGCAAUGCGGGGGAUGAUUUGACGGCCGUGGGUCCAGCGCCCACCAAACCCACAGAAGCUGAUGAAGAGGACAAUAUCCAGCUGAGCAGCACGGGCGUGGUCCGCGAACCCCUCCAACUGGGCCCCUUAAAUGACCGCGCUGACCGCGCUGACCGCGCAGAGGGCAGCAACGACACGCCGUCGCCCACGGCCUUUGGAAACCAACAGAGGGAGAAGUUUGGCAGCAAAGUGGUGUCCUCGGUGAGUCUUCAGGGCAUGGACGUGGACGAAGCCCCAGACACCCGGCAGCGUCUCUCGUUGAAGGCGGGGACCACGUCGUCGUUGAACAGCAGGGCGAGCAAGCGAUCCAAGAAAUCCCUGGCUUCGCGGAUCUCGGGCUUCUUCCACAAAGGCCAAAAACCUGUGGUCCCAGACUUCAAUGGGCAGUGGAUCUGCGUUUCAACCUGGGGCUUGGAUGAAUUUUUAAAGGAGAUGGGCAUCAGCUAUGUGAAGCGUCUGGCCGCGUCCAAAGCGCCGUGGCCCAGCUGGGAAUUUCAGCAAGACGAGGACAAGUUCUACUUCUGCAAUCAUACCGUCAUGGGGCCCAUCAAAGAGGAAUUCGUGGCCAAUGGAGCCCCGUACAACACCGUGGAUGGCCACAAACAAACCUUGGAAUGUAUGGCUUUCUGGGAGAAGAACACGCUGGUCAUCGAGCGCUGCGGUCCGCAGGGCCGCUUCAGAGAGGAGCGUUGCAUCGAUGACCAGGGGAUUCUGAUCUUUAAGCUCACGGGCCUGGAGGAGGGUCAAAACACCUCCUGGGGCCGCACCUUCAAACGCAAGAGCCCUUAG